GCAUGUAUUCAAACGGGUUUAUGAAAUAAUUUAGUAUGGAAAAAUGUUAAUAUGGUUAUGUUUUAACGUUUGUUUAAUGAUGCAAUUAAUUAAAAUGACAUUGAAUAAUUAAAUGAAUUACAAAUGUCAUAUACUGAAGAAACUACGGCUAAAUAUAUAAACGAAAGUACAGUGGAUAAAGAUUCCGAAAAUAAAAUCAUGAAAAAUGAAUGCGAACGCCAUAUUGUGAACCAAUUACAAGCGGGCUUUUAGAAAAUGGGCUAACGUGAUACCUUCCAUAAAUAUUUAUUUAUAUAAACUCUAACAAAAAAAAAAACAUAAUAAAAUUCUUUUCAUAAAAAAUCAACAAAUGCAGUAAUAUUUCUGACAAAUAAAUAAAAUUAAAUAUGAACCGGUUACCAAUGCAUGAAGCUUUAAAACAAAUAGCAUUCCUAGAAGGAAAAUGGAUCACCGAUAACAAUAAUCCUGGAUUAGGUAAAUUUCCAACGAUAAAACCGUUUACCUAUUGUGAAGAAAUUAAUUUUACAUCUAUUGGCCAACCGAUGUUCAACUACCUUACACAGAGUUGGCAUCCUGCAUUAAAGAAACCGAUGCAUCGUGAAACUGGAUUCAUGAAAAUUAUACCAGGAACUAAUAAAGUAUCUUUACUUCUGGCACAUAAUUUUGGAUUGACUACGAUUGAAGAAGGUACUGUUGUUGAUAAUAUUAUUAAUUUAAAAAGCACUGGAAUUAUGAGACAAACUGAAGGAAUUAAACAACCAGCUGUUGUUGAGACCUACAGAGAAUUCAAAAUCAAUGGAAAUUCACUCGAGCAUGUAUUUUAUAUGGCUACUACAACUGUACCGGAGUUAACAGAACAUUUACGUGUAACGUAUACCAAAAUUGCAGAAGACUCAGAGGAAAAAUAAAAUCAUAUGUUACUCUAACGAUAAGUUUACAAAUGAAUAAUGGUGAGUAUAAUUAAUAUUGGAAUAUAUUGUAACAUAAAUGAGACUGUAAGCAGCUACCAAAACUAUGGAAAUGCAUAUAAGUAGAAAUCAAUUAAUAUAUUUUAACACAUGAAAUGAUUAUAGUAAAGUAGUAAUUUAAAAAAAUAAAACAUUGAUAUAAAGUU